AUGGCUCCCACUGGCACCCAGAAGCUCGAGGGCGAGGACCACGCCCGCGAUGCUGCCUUCAGCAAGGCUAUGCAUGGAAAUUCGGCGCAGGCUAAGGGCGGUAUUGCUGCCAUGUUCAGCAAGGGCGGCGACGCCAAGAAGGCCGCCGUUGACGAGUACUUCAAACACUGGGACAACAAGCCCGCCGAGAACGAGACCGCCGAGGAGCGUGCUGCCCGUACUGCCGAGUAUGCCACGCUUACGAGACACUACUACAACCUCGCGACCGACCUAUACGAAUAUGGCUGGGGCCAGUCUUUCCACUUCUGCCGCUUCUCUGUCGGCGAGUCCUUCCACCAGGCCAUUGCCCGUCACGAGCACUACCUCGCCCACAGCAUCGGCAUCAAGGAGGGCAUGAAGGUCCUCGAUGUUGGUUGUGGUGUUGGUGGCCCUGCCCGCGAGAUUGCCAAGUUCACCGGCUGCCAUGUCACCGGCUUGAACAACAACGAUUACCAGAUCGAUCGCGCCACCCAUUACGCCGCCAAGGAGGGACUCUCCAACCAGCUCAAGUUUGUUAAGGGUGACUUCAUGCAAAUGUCGUUCCCUGACAACAGCUUCGAUGCCGUCUAUGCUAUCGAGGCUACAGUCCACGCGCCCACGCUCAAGGGCAUCUACAGCGAGAUUUUUCGCGUGCUGAAGCCCGGUGGUGUGUUUGGUGUCUACGAGUGGCUUAUGACCGACGAGUAUGAUAACGACAACCUGCAUCAUCGUGAGAUCCGUCUCGGAAUUGAGCAGGGUGACGGCAUCUCCAACAUGUGCAAGGUUCAGGAGGCUCUUGAUGCCAUCAAGGGUUCUGGCUUCGAAAUGCUGCACCACGAGGAUCUGGCUGACCGCCCUGACCCUUCACCUUGGUACUGGCCUCUGUCCGGUGAGAUGCGCUAUAUCCAGACCCUUGGCGACAUCUUCACCAUUGUUCGCAUGACGAAGUGGGGUCGCUUCAUUGCUCAUAACCUUGCCGGCGCCCUCGAGACGAUCCGUCUGGCUCCUGCGGGCACCAAAAAGACCGCUGACAGCUUGGCGCUGGCUGCUGACUGCCUGGUGGCUGGUGGCAAGGAGCACCUAUUUACUCCUAUGUACCUGAUGGUUGCUCGCAAGCCUGAGUAA